CUGCAACGUACGUUUGCUCGAAUAUUGAGAUGGUUCCGACUCAAAUCCGGUCACUCGAAGCAAUCAAUACUGACGACUAACGAAUUAAAUACUGCCCAAGAUGUUUUAAUUAAAUUAGUACAAAGUGCAUACUUCGCAAAUGAAAUAAAUAGAUUGUCAAAGGGCACAAAGUACGUUCCGUCGUUGAGAAAAUUAUCUCCAUUUAUUGACGAACGCGGAUACCUCAGGGUGGGGGGUCGAAUAAAUUAUUCAGCGUUACCUUAUAACGCGAAGCAUCCUCGUUUAUUACCUAAAAAUAGUAGAUUUACCUUUUUACUUAUUGAAUAUUUACAUAAAAAAUAUUUACACGUAGGUCCACGCACCUUACAAAACAUUAUUAAUCAAAAUUUUUGGAUUUUAGCAUCCCGUCGCAUUAUUCGGUCAGUUUUGUCCAAAUGCAAAAUUUGUUUUAAACACAACCCAGUGCUCUUACAGCCUGAGAUGGCACCUUUGCCAGCAGCCCGAUUGAUACCUUGUAAUGUUUUUGAGCAUGUAGGGGUGGACCUCGGUGGUCCGUUCUUUACAAAAGAAAGUUUACGACGAAAUGCUAGGGUUGAACGGUCAUAUUUAGCAUUAUUUAUUUGUUAUUCGACAAAAGCUGUACACCUUGAAGUCUUAUCGUCGUUGUCAUCGGACUGUUUCCUCGCGUGUUUAGACAGAUUUGUAGCGCGACGCGGUGUGUGCUCCUUCCUUUAUUCGGAUUGCGGAACUAAUUUCAUAGCUGCUAGUAAGCAUUUAACCGAAGUACAAAGAUUUAUGCUCGAACAAAAAAACAAUAUAUUAGAGGGUUGCUCAAAACGACAAAUUAUAUGGAGAUUUAAUCCCCCUGGUGCACCACAUAUGGGUGGGCUCUGGGAAGCUGGAAUUAAAUCCGCCAAGUAUCUAUUAACGCGAGCCGUAGGAGAAAAAAGUUUGACGUUCGAGGAACUCACAACAGUGUUUUGUAAAGUAGAAGCGAUUCUCAACUCGCGGCCGCUUUGUCCGUUACCAGCUAGUGAUAAUCCUGAUGAGUUCAACGUUUUGACUGCGGGACACUUUCUAAUUGGAAAAGGGUUAACAGCAGUACCUGAGUAUAAUGUAGAGGAUAUAACAAUAAAUCGAUUAUCACGUUGGCAAUAUAUUCAAAAAUGUUCACAAAUGUUUUGGCGUAGAUGGAGUCACGAAUAUCUAAAUACGCUGCAACAGAAAGCAAAGUGGCAUUCGGAUAGAUCUAAUAUAAAAAUAGGUGAUCUAGUAAUCAUAAAAACUGAUAAUGUACCGCCGUGCAAUUGGCCUUUGGGUAGAAUUGAGGCUCUUCACCCCGGUCCAGAUGGGAUUGUUCGUUGUGUUACGCUUCGCACUCAAAAGAGUACUCUACAGAGACCAGUUAAUAAACUGAGUCCUCUACCUUAUUCAAAUUAG